UUUUUAUUUAUUUUUUUCCAUAUACUAAAUGCUAAGGGGAUUUUUUUUUAAAUUUUUUUUUUUAUUAUCAGUCUGGAAUAUGUCAAUGAUUAGCAACAACGUUGAUUUUGAUACAUUAUUAUUUUUUGUGCAGUGUCAGAUUAAAAAAAAAAAAAAAAACACACUCAGGACCUUAGAGGACAAAAAUGUCUACAUAAAAAACUAUUACAAAUAUGAUAUAUAUUAUUUUUUAACUUUCACUGACUGAUUUUUUUAACCAACAUUAGUCCUGAUCAUACCUGAUCUUACACACACACACACACACACACACACUUCUCAGUCCACACAUACAAAACACACUCUGACAUCCAUACCAACACACCCACACAAUUUUAUCUGUAUAAUUUAUUCAGUUGGCCUGCAGUGCUCUAUAAUACAGCAAACAGAAAAUAGGGAAAAAGCAUGUAUUUGCUCCAUAGGCUAAACAUGAUAAAAAUGGCGCCAUCUGGUGGAAAAUAUUACAAAUGUAAAUUUUGAAGCCAGGGCUCCAGAAUGAAAGCAUAAUAUCAUAGAAUUCAUGAUUUUAUGCUUUAAUGGCACUGGGAUCAAAUAUUGCAGUUUUAAUGGGUUUCAAUGGGGACAUUUUUGUCCUGAAGGUCCUGAGCGUAACUGUUUUGUGUAUACAGUGUAUUAUAGAUGUAUUAUAGGAACUGAGGUUGAAAUAUCAAACUUCCCCCCAAAAUACACACCUUUGGCAAAAUUUAUGCCGUUGGCAUUAACACAGCCAAAAUGAUCGAAAAAACAAAAAUGAAAAAGUAUUAACUUAAUUAACUUGUAUUGAACCCCGAAUAUUCCUUUAAAGAAGAGGUCCUGGGUACAUGUCCACAAAAUGGCGCAUUACUAUAGUAAUAGCAGAGCCCGUUUGAAGAGGUUGCAACACCUUAGCCUAAAAUAGCAUAACGCGGCGCUUUCGUAGACAUUCUAUGUGCGGUGCACUGGCGAGGAGACUAGAGGACGUACUUUUUGAAGGGAUGUCUAUGGAGGAAAUGCUUCAGUGUGCUGAAUAAACUGCGUUUGUGAGAACACAGCUCAUCACUUAAUGAAUUGACCGCCUGGCCGCUAAUCUUCAAUAUGUUUUACACUAAACAAUACUUUUGGAGUGAACUAUGUUUGGAGUUUACCGCGAUAAAACUGCUGUUUUUCUUUUGUUUGUUUUUUUAGAUGUCACGGACGAUUUUGCGACAGGUUUGUGUCAGUUUACGGCUCUCCCCUUUCAUUUGUAUGGUAUCCGCAAACUGUGACUUACUGUCGUAAAAUGCUAGUUGAAGGAUUCCAUGAACAUAAAAGAUCUCUGGUAAUUGUAUUUAUAAGUUACUGUGGUGGAAUCAUCGUACAGUGAUUGUAUCAGAUGAUGGUAUUUACAAAGCACCAAAGAUACUUCAAAGAAUACCACGACACAUUAAAAACAAUCCAACAAAAUUAUUUUGGUCACUUCAAAUGCAUUUUCUCCGUUCUCCAGUCAUUACGGCAAUCAAAGCUAAACACGGAAGUAAAUACAACUAUCGAGACUGUCAGUGAGAUCUCAUUUUAACUGUUUAAUUAGUCGAUUGAUUUAAAACGAAAACAUGUCGAGCAGUGCUUUAUUCCAAACUCGGUUAAAGUCAGUGAUGGAGUGUGCUGUUUCAGACAUCAUUAAACUGCAUGAAGAUGAAGUGUUGCUGAUGAGACUGCAGAUCACACAGAGAGACGCAGAAAUCAAGAUGCUCAAGAUGAAACUCACAUCAGUGGAGAGAAUACUGCAGUGUGUCAAAGACAGAGAGAUUACUGCUGUCAGCUCAGGUGGUCCACAGUCCAGUGAAGCCGGUCAGGAACCUGUUAAACACCUUGAACUUGAUCUGAAUCCAGACGACCAGACAGACAGUGAUGCAGGAAGCAGCAUUCAGGACACUUCCUGUUUAGAAGCACUCACACAGACCCAGAGUGCAGACAGACAGGAUGAGACCAUCACUGAAGAUCUCAACAGCCCUGAGAAUCAAGAAGACUUUGAUGGACUAUUGGACUUUGAGACAAAAGUGGAGUUUGAAUCAGACAUCAUACAUCUAGACUGUCAAGAAGACACGGAACUUGACGUCAACGUUAGGGAAACACAGUCGUGGUCCUCUGAUGAUGUCAGUGUAAAUACUGAGGAAUCCACAGUAGAUCCACACUGCUCAUAUAUGCCUGUGAAAGCAACUGAAGGCACUAGACAAACAUUGAACAAUCUCAACUUUGAGGCCGUAAACCAGAACUCAGUCAAACCGCAGAGAACUGACAGAACGGAUACAAACUUCAUCCAAACGCAACAGUCCAUGUUCUCACAACCACUGGAAAACGUCACAGUACCGCAGUGUUUACCAUUUCAGAACCACAACCGCAGUAAUGUAGCCACACAUGCAUUUACGAUACCACAUCUCGGUACAGGCCAAGAAAUGUCUGCUCACAGGAGAGAGACGAUACGAGAAAAAUGGUUCAUUUGUUCCUUCUGCGGCAAGAGUUUCGACCGAUUCAGUCACCUGCAGAUGCAUCAGCGCAUUCACACCGGCGAGAAACCCUUCAGCUGCGGAACCUGCGGCAAGAACUUCUCACAACAGAGCAACCUGCGCACGCACCAGAAAAUCCACAGAAAACCUCAGACGCAGACGAAAGCAUGCUGACGAACGUCCACAAGAUUGUUUGAUUAAGAUGUUCACAGACAUUUAUGCAACAUUCAGGGAUUAAUCGUAGUUUUCAGAAUAUUACAGAGCCCCUUAGAGGACAGGAAGGGAAUUUAUUUUCUGAUAAUGUUUUGUGUUCCCUCACAAUAGUAGUUCCCUUGCAAUAGUUUUGCGUUCCCUAACAAUAUGUUAUGCGUUUACUUGAAAUAGUUUGCAUUCUCUCACAAUAAUUUGCAUUUCCUCGCUAUAGAUUUGCGUUCCCUCACAAAAUGUUUUGCGUUCCUUAACAAUACAUUUAGCGUUUCCUAGCAAAAGUUUUGCAUUCCUCACAAUAGUUUUGAGUUGACCAAUGUUUUGCAUUCGCAAUAGUUUGCAUUCCCUCACAAAAAGUUUUGCGUUCCUUCAAAAUUUGCAUUCCUUAACAAUAAAUAUUCCGUAUCCUCGCAAUUAUUUUGCGUUCUCUCACAAGAUGUUUGCGUUCCCGCUCAAUACUUUUGCAUUCCUCGCACUAGUUUUGCAUUCCCACGCAAUAGUUUUACAUUCCCCUCAAUAGUUUUGCGUUUCUUCGCAAUAGUUUGGCGUUCCUUCCCAAUUGUUUUGUGUUCCUUCCCAAUAGUUUUGCGUUCCCCCACAAUAGUUUGGCGUUCCUUCCCAAUUGUUUUGCAUUCCUCCGCAAUAGUUUGGCUUUCCCCCUCAAUAGUUUUGCGUUCCUUCCCAAUAGUUUUGCGUUCCCCCGCAAUAGUUUGGCGUACCUCUGCAAUAGUUUUGCAUUCCCCCUCAAUAGUUUUGCGUUCCUCCGCAAUAGUUUGGCAUUCCCCCUCAAUAGUUUUGCGUUCCUCCGCAAUAGUUUGGCUUUCCCCCUCAAUAGUUUUGCGUUCCUUCCCAAUAGUUUUGCGUUCCCCCGCAAUAGUUUGGCGUACCUCUGCAAUAGUUUUGCAUUCCUCCUCAAUAGUUUUGCGUUCCUACGCAAUAGUUUGGCAUUCCCCCUCAAUAGUUUUGCAUUCCUUCCCAAUAGUUUGGCGUUCCUCCAUAAUAGUUUGGCGUUCCUUCCCAAUAGUUUUGUAUUCCCCCUCAAUAGUUUUGCGUUCCUCUGCAAUAGUCUGGCAUUCCCCCUCAAUAGUUUUGCGUUCCUCUGCAAUAGUCUGGCAUUCCCCCUCAAUAGUUUUGUGUUCCUCUGCAAUAGUUUUGCAUUCCCCCUCAAUAGUUUGGCGUUCCCCCUCAAUAGUUUGGCGUUCCUCCGCAAUAGUUUGGCGUUCCCCCUCAAUAGUUUGGCGUUCCCCCGCAAUAGUUUGGCGUUCCUUCCCAAUAGUUUUGCAUUCACCCUCAAUAGUUUUGUUUCCUUGCAAAUAGUUUUGAAAUAAGUAUUAACCAGAAUUAACCAUUGUAUUACAACAGUAACAAUAGUAAAACCAUAACCACAAAAUGUACCAUGGUUUUACCACAGUGACCAUAUUUUAACCAUUAUAUUUGUAGUAAAACCUUAUACAAUAAUACAGUAAAAUAAAAACCAAUCAAUCAUUCCGCCAAAAAACAUGGGGAAAAUUUGUACUAUACAAGGGAUAGAUAAAUCGAUUGCGAGGGAACCCAAAAUAACUGAGAAUGCAAAACUACUUCAGAAAAUAAAUUCCCUCCCUGUCCUCAAAGGGGCUCCGUACUAAACUUUAGCACCAUACAGUCCAGUUUAACCAGCUGAUAAAUGUGCUGAAAUAGCACUGCACCGCAUUUAAAUUGAAAGUGUUCAGAACUUCAAUCUUUACAUUGUUACCCAAUUUGCAUAACCAAGCAUCAUUUUCAUAAUUAAACAACACUAUUAUUAUUAUUGAAUUCUCCCUCAAGCGUUCCCUCAUAUCUGAAGUCUGUUCGGACUGCUGUGCCUUUAAUAAACUCUCUCGGUACUGUUUCCAAAGAUGUGCCUGUGUCUUUAAUGCGAAUUAAUAUUUAUUAAAGUUUUUCACUGAUCAGUAUUCCUUUGUUUUUCUCUUCAUAAACACUUUUGUCAAUCCUGUGUCAUUAGAAAAAAUACAAAAUGCAAAAAUCACCUUAUGUACAUAGAGGCAUAGGGGACCCAAAAAACAAACAAAAAAAACUCUGUCAUUAUUCACUGUAUUUAUUAUUAAUAUAACACAAAAGAUGUUAGGCACUUUAAGACAUUACAGAAUUUUUUCUGUAAAGCUGCUUUGAAGCGAUUUCUAUUGCGAAAAGCGAUAUACAAAUACAAAUAGUGAAAGUGAAUGGUGACUGAGACUAACAUUCUGCCUACCAUCUCCUUAAGUGUUUCACAGAAUAGUCAGCUACACUAACAGCGAUUUGCAGCAAUAAAGUAAUUGGAAGUCAUUCAUUUUCAACGAGUCGAGUAGGUACGCCUACUACUAACCGACAAUUUAACGACUUGCGCAAUUUCAUCACUGUCAGUGUGAACGAACCUUGACGAUGCAAUCAAGCUUCUCAAAUAUUCAAAAAAGUAAAUAGAGCUCAGAAAAUUGGAAACACUCCAAAGUUUUAAAUAUUACUGGUUAUAGGACUAGACAAACCAGUUUCAUGUUUUUAGUAGUUAAAGGUUUCCUGGGUAAAAAGUUAAACAACAUUUCUCACUAUUGAAUGAUGAUCGAAUUGCUCCCAAAAUCUGGCUAAAAAUUCACCAUCAUAGUUACAGCCAAAAUACCUUAUUUUUUAUACAGUAAAACUGUCAACUUGGCAUUAGCUACAGCUGCAUUUUAAAAAAAUAAUACAUUUCUUACAGUAAUAAAUGCUACAAGUUCUGUAAGGUAAGUAACAUUUU